CAGAUCUGCCUCUGCGAGGAUCCUGUUGAGCUGCCUUCUGAUUUUCAUUUUUAUCAUGUUCUAUUGAAGUCUGCGCAUCAUGAUUACAGGAAGAAGCGAGUUUCGUAGGAAAAAGACGACACGGCCUUGUAUUAAAUGACUUCGUUAGCCGCGACAACAGCACAAGCCUGUGAGUAUUAGCAUUAGGCAGGGACACGAUUUUUUUUUCUCGUUGCAAGGACAUGAACAUAUGCGAAACAAUACAAGAACGUACAAACUUUAAGCAAAAAGCGACUUCGUCAAACGAGAUGAUGAAACAACAAAUGCAAUCGAGAGGACAAGACCUUCUCUUCCGGCAAGAUGGCCGGCUCCCAACCGAGUUGCGGCCCCCGAUCAUCAACCGGUCGAAAACCGGGUCUUGCACCUACAAACUGGGCGGCACUUUGGUUGUCGCGAAAUGUUUUGGGCCAAAGGAGAAAUCAAGAUUCGCCUCGCACGGUACAAGCUCCGCGCAGAACUGUCUCUUACCGGCGAAAUACACGAGCUCGACUACGGUCAAGGUGCUUUCAUCGUCGCACGCAGCAGGAUCGGGUUCUUCAAAUGAGCAGAGUUCUUUGACAAAUUCGACGAACUGCUCCCUGAAACUGAAUUUCGAAAUCACAAAAUCGGCUGUAGGCUCAAGCGAAGGAGCACUCGCACAGCGGAACAAGUUCCAGGAGUAUGCGCAAUGGCUGUCCAUGGUGUUUUCGAAAGUGGUGGUCGGUGUCCUAGGCGAGAGCAAGAGCUGCGCGGGAGCAUCUGCAUCUACCGGAGCAGGAAGUGCAGGCGGCGCUGGAAUAUCGGCGGGCGGUGGAAGUAGAAGUAACGCGUCUACUGCUGGUUCUUCUUCCCAUGCGGUCCAGCUGCUGAACAACGGGAACAGCAAUCUGCUGAACCUGGACAUUUCCCUGCACGUUUUCGAAUUUGACGGGAGUUUGCUCCCCGCGUGCAUCAACGCAACUUCGGUGGCGCUCGCGGACUUGCAGACGAUCGAAAUAAAAGAGCUGGUCGCUGGUGUAAAUUUGGGAUUAGUUUCCGAAAGGGACAAUUUACUGGUGCGCACCGAUUUCUGCGACAAGAGGAUAGUCCUCAGUAGUGCUAGCAGGGGGAAUAGUUCUACUACUUCCGCAACAGCUGCAAAGAGGAGGAAACUCAACGACGACACAAUCUUGAAUGACAGCGAGGAACAAGAAGUACAAGAUGCGGAGGAGGAGGAGGAAGAGACAGAGGACCAAGAUGAAAACUCUACUUCCAACUCUGACAGUCUCGUCAAAAAUAGACCGGGGCAAUCGACAAGUACAAGUUCGAAUUUGUCAUGCGCAGCAGCAGCAGCAGCCGGAAAAGCUACGACUACUGGAGGUCUUGUCACCGUGGUUGAUAUGACAGAGGAGGAGGAAUCUUGGAACCAGUCCGUGACCACCGUGGCGACUAAUUUGAAAGACGAAAUUCUGCUUCUACACUGCGGCCGGGUCAGGGAGGAGAAGCUGCUGCGGCAGUUUGUCGAGCUCGGCCAGGAGGGGUGUGGGAAAAUUCGGGCGGUCAUGCGAGAGGCAUUAUUGAAUGAGGAGGUGGGGCAGGAAGAUGUUGUUGAGGAGUAAAUUCAGUUUUACACUGAUGGACGUUUACACUGCGUACUAUCUUCUGGGUGCCAUUUUAACACUCGCGUCGAAGCGACAACUUUAGUACCACCUGCGCGAAUGUAGCAUUCUUGUUGCCCCGGUGAUCUCCUGCAAAGAUUGAAGCGCUAGUGCAGCUGCUGCUGUGUCUACUUCAAAUUCAUUGAAUUGCGACCUGUAGUCCGCGAAGAUCUUCAUAGAUAAUGUUCACAGCAAGCUGUGCUCAAAUCGGAAUCACUCAACAACCUGAAGUGUUGCUUAUGGGACCACUGUGGCAAGUGU